UUAAGUCAGUACACUCACAGUAUUUGUGUCUCAACCGAGCGUACCUCUUUCAAGCCAUAUUUUUUUAUAUCUUCGUGAAAUGAAAACUUUUACAUUAUUUAUUUUUGGCGCUGUCCUCGGAUCAUGUGUAACUGAAUCUCCUCAAAUAGAUACAAAAUACGCAUGCGAAGGAAGGACAUUAAACAUUGAAUGUAAUAGUGGCUCAGUGAUACGUCUUAUUCGAGCAAGCUAUGGACGAUUUUUGAUAACAAUUUGCAAUAAAAACGGGAAUACCAAUUGGAAUACCAACUGUUUCUCAACCCAAGCUAUGCGCGUUGCACAUAAUAGAUGUCACAUGCAACAGUCUUGUAGUUUACAAGCGACUGCUGAUGAAUUCGGGGACCCUUGUCCAGGCACAAACAAAUAUUUAGAAAUACAUUAUCAAUGUGUACAAGCUCCAACUACUACUACUACGGAGUAUUCGGCACCACCAGCUUGGUUCGUCACAGUUCCUACAAACUGAACUAUACAAACGAGAGGUUGUAAUGAGGUUGAGCAAAUAAAAUAACCAAGUAAAUAGUAA